AUGACCAGUGUAGCCCCAGUUAAGAAACCCUACCGUAAGGCACCACCCGAACAUCGAGAACUGCGGCUGGAAGCCCCUGGAUCCCGGCUCGAGCAGGAGGAGCCUCUGACUGAUGCAGAGAGGAUGAAGCUCUUGCAGCAGGAAAAUGAAGAGCUCCGCCGGCGCCUGGCCUCAGCCACCAGGCGCACUGAGGCCCUGGAGCGUGAACUGGAAAUUGGGCAGGAUUGCCUGGAGCUGGAGCUGGGCCAGAGCCGUGAGGAGCUGGACAAAUAUAAGGACAAGUUCCGUAGGCUGCAGAACAGCUACACGGCUUCCCAGCGGACCAACCAAGAAUUGGAGGACAAGCUGCACACGCUGGCCUCUCUUAGCCACAGCUGGAUUUUUGCAAUCAAGAAGGCUGAGAUGGAUAAGAAGACACUAGACUGGGAGAUUGUGGAACUGACCAACAAGCUGCUGGAUGCCAAGAACACCAUCAACAAGCUGGAGGAGCUCAAUGAACGGUACCGCCUGGACUGCAACCUGGCUGUGCAGCUUCUCAAGUGCAACAAGUCUCACUUUCGAAACCACAAGUUCGCUGAUCUGCCCUGUGAGCUACAGGAUAUGGUUCGGAAACAUCUGCACAGUGCUCAAGAAGCUGCCAGCCUGAAUCCUGCCUCUAGCCUGGCCCCAGGGGCUGUGGUGCCCACUUCUGUCAUUGCCCGUGUGUUGGAGAAGCCUGAGUCUCUACUGCUCAACUCAGCCCAGUCGGGCAGUGCUGGCCAUCCCUUGGCUGAAGACGUCUUUGUGCACGUGGACAUGAGUGGGGAUGCCCUGGGUGAUCCAGCCAGUCCGCCGGUCCCUGAAAGCCUUGUCCCCCAGCCCAAUGGGGAGUGCCGCCCCCUGGGCACUGCUGGGGGCUUCCCAGAGGAGGAGCUGCGGCCGGCCUUUGAAAAGUUGAGCCCCUACCCCACUCCAUCCCUGCCCCACCCACUGUAUCCUGGCCGUAAGGUAAUAGAAUUCUCUGAGGAUAAGGUGCGGAUCCCCCGCAACAGCCCCCUGCCCAACUGUACUUACGCCACCCGCCAGGCCAUUUCCCUGAGCCUGGUAGAGGAGGGGAAUGAGCGGGCCCGCCCCAGCCCAGUCCCUAGCAGCCCUGCCUCAGCCCAGGCCUCACCCCACCAUCAGGCCAGCCCAGCCCACCCGGUACUCAGUGCCCCAGCCAGCUCAGCUAGCUCUGAGGAGGACCUACUGGCCAGCUGGCAGAGAGCAUUUGUGGACCGCACCCCUCCACCUGCCACCGUGGCCCAGCGCACUGCUUUUGGACGUGAUGUGCUCCCUGAGCUACAGCACCAUUUUGACCUUAACCCCACUGACAGAGAUGAUGAGGUUCAGGCACCUUCUUCCCCACCUGGUGAAAAAGGCAUUUUGCUGCCAACAGACACUGAUUCUGGCUUUCCCAGGGAGGAAGAGGAGGAAGAGCUGAACCUGCCCAUCAGUCCCGAGGAGGAACGCCAGAGCCUGCUGCCCAGUGACAGAGGCACUGAGGAGGGGCCUGGCAGUUCCUACCCUGAAAGCAGGGCCUGGCCACUCCCCAACUCCAGCCGCCCCCAGCGCAGCCCUAAGAGGAUGGGGGUUCACCACCUACACCGCAAGGACAGCCUGACUCAGGCCCAAGAGCAGGGCAACCUGCUCAAUUAG